GGAGGGGAUCGUAGGCAAUGAGUCGCCGAAGAAAACAUGGGGACAGUCCUGCCCCGAAGAAAACGCCGCUGCAGGCGGCGGCGGCUGAGGAAUGCAGCUCGGUGGUCGAGCCCGGGAGAAGGCGGCUGAGGUCGGCCCGCGGCUCCCGGCAGCAGCGCGUGGCGGGAGAGGGCUCUACCUGGCCAUGGCGGCCGCGAGAGCAGCGUCCAGCAGCCGCCUGGUGCAGUAAAAGUGACCCCAAGGAAAGAUAUAAGACACCAAGGAGAAUGGUACACAUGGAUUUGCCAUCUGUCUUCAGUUCUCCUAAUGAUCCAGAUGGACAGAGUGAUAUCUUUUGGGAUCAGAACUCUCCCAUGACAAAACAGCUAGGUAAAGGAAGGAAACAACGUAUUUCCACCACAGAGAAUGAUGAAAUUUCACAUAUUGUUAAUCGAAUCGCUCCUCAGGAUGAAAAACCAACAACAAACUCUAUGCUAGGUGUAUGGAUUGGUGAAACUGCUAUUCCUUGUACUCCCAAUGUAGCAAAAGGAAAAUCAAGAGUAAAAAUCAGCUGUACAAGGCUAAAAACACAAAAUCGAGAGCAAGAACUUAUGAAAUUGGCUAAACAAUUUGAUAAAAAUAUGGAAGAACUGGAUGUUAUUCAAGAGCAAAACAAGAUGAGUCAUGAUUUUAUCCAAACAAUUUCAGAAACAGAGACUUUAAAUAAUUAUAAAGGUGAUGAACAGAUGAAAGUAUUAUGUGAUACAAUUCCUGAAAUAGAUAAUGUAUCUUUAGCAGAUGAUCAAAAUAGCAGUCAGAAGUCAUUUGACCAAAAUGCCGAAGCAGCUUUUAAUGCCAUUUUUGAUGGUUCUACUCAGAAAUGUAGCGGACAAUUAAGCCAAGACUUGUCAGAUGCAGUUUUGAACACGAGUAAUACAACAUGUGAAAAGAAAAGUACCUUGAAAGAGGAGAGACUCAUUACUGCUGAAACUCGGCUCACUGAAAAACUACCCAGUAAAAGCACAGCUGCUGCUUCUCAACUGAAUAUUCCCACGGAGACACAGCCGCGUGUGACUUCCUGUUUGGCUGAGCCAGAGGCUCCUACUGAGCAUGUGGAUACAUUUAUUACCAGUGAUUUUGAGGAUGAGUGGGAAAACAUGCUAGAUAAUGAGCCUUUUGUUAUGCAAACUAUAGAAAGAACUGAACAAAAAGAAACUAGUUCCUUUACUAAUAUAAAUAGUAAAAGUAAGUCAGCAAUGAAUAUGUGUGUAUAUGAUAGGUUAAGAAAUGCAAAAAUGUUGCCAGAUCUUGAUUCAGAGACACAUAAGAGAGAAUUAAUUGGUGUUGGAGAACAUAGAGUUCCACCAAAUCCAAAUGUUAAAUCAAGCAAAUUGCCAUCCCUUGGAAAUAAGAUAAAAUAUGAGGAAUCUUUCAAGAAAAUUGUUGUUGAAGACAAAAUUCAAGAUUCUGCAGUUACAUCUAAUCUUAAAAAAAUAAAGGAAGAUAGUUAUACUAAAUUUAUUGCUAAUGCUUCCGAAAAAAAACUUGGUUUGAACAGAAGACAUUCUAAUGAACAGGAAAAUAGGCCCAUUUGUAAUCAGAAUUUUAAAGUACCUGGCCCCCUUUUCAAUUCUGCAACUCUGGCCAAUGACACCCAUGUUAAUAGCUCACAUCAGGCUAAUGUAGCAAAGAUAGGUUCUUUUGUUGAUGAUUGGAAUGAUCCAUCCUUUGCCAAUGAAAUUAUUAAAACAUGUCAUCAGUUGGAGAAUACCUGGGAAGCAGAUGAUGUAGAUGAUGAUUUGCUAUACCAAGCAUGUGAUGAUAUUGAAAGACUAACACAACAAGAUACUAUCCAGAACAGCAAGACAUCAGAGAGUAUACGUGAAGUCAGCAACUGCGCUAAACGCGGAGCCAGAAACUCCUUCACUAUAUCUAACCCAAGGAGUCAGGUGGUGCAAUCAAAUCAUUGGAAUCAUGGCAGCAUUUCACUGCAAACAUCUCCCUUAACAAAUAACCCACAGAUAUAUAAAUCAGCGAAGGCAGACAAAUGGGAAGUGCGCAGAAAUUCUCCAAGCUUCCUGAACACCACAACAAAUUUGACCGUGAACUCUAAUUUUUGGACAAGUAAUUUACAUGUCUCUGGGAAUAACGUUACUUUUCCAAAAGCAAUGAAAAGUUCCAAAUCACAUUUUGCUGGAAGUUCAACUUUGAGAGUGAAUUCAGAUAUGAUUACUACGUGUAAGAAUGUUCAACAACUGUCCCCUAAGACCAUGACAGAUGCAACCCAGAACAACCUUAAUGCAACACCCAGAUGUUCUAAAUACACGUUUACAAAGAUGAAAAAUUCUCAGGUUCUUUCUCAGUUUAACCAAAGUUGUGUAAUAGAAAGUAUGUCUGAUACCAAAAUUACACAGGGUUUGAAGAAAAUGCAACCUGUCAGUCCAUUAAUUGAGAAACCAGAUCAACAGCAAUACUUGGUGAAAUAUUCUGAAUCUUUAAAACAUUCUUCAAAAGAGGAAAAGGAGAAAAACAGAAAAUAUUCUCCUGAAGAAAUUCAGAGAAAAAGACAAGAAGCAUUGGUUCGAAGAAUGACCAAAGCACAGGCAUCAUUUGUAAAUACAACUCCCACUUGAUUUCUUUAAUGAAAUAUUACUUGGAAGACCUUAUGAAGACUAUGAAAACUAUCUGUGAUAGGAAAUCAUAUUUUUAUUUCUCUGUGAGAAAUUUAAUGCUAACUUAUUAAGCAUGGACUUUACUUUGUUAUUUAAUAAAUCAGUGUUUAAGUACUAGUUGAAACCUUUUUUGGAGAUAUAUAUGAAAGUAAUUACUUUGAAGUUUUGGAAACUCUGGAAUGUAAAUAAUUAUGUAGUAAAAUACAGAGGAACACAGAUUAAUUUUUAAAUAUUAUAAAUGAUGAAUCAUUAACAUAA